AUGGUCCGCGGAAGCUGUUCAUCUGAUGUAGGCAGACCAUCAGGCAAGUCGGCCAACGACGCCGGGAUAGCGGGUCGCUUACGCUUCGGCCGGGAAAGGUAUAUCCGAGGGCGCCCUUCAUUGACGGAAAAUAUGACUUCCGCCGUCCCAUCGAAAUCUUCAAGUCCGACCGUCGACUCGACAGGCCAAGGCGGCCACUCGACAGACCCGACCGUCGACUCGAUCGGCAUCCCGAACACUGAGCUAGUAAACUUGAACCUAUCCCCGAGCUCGGUGGGUGUACCACCGGGAAUAAAUCCUCCAUCCUCUCCACUACGUACCAGGGCAGACCGGAUAAGCCCUGGGCGCACGCGCUGUGUUGGUUGA